GCUACCGAUGGAGGUGGCGAGGCUAACGGUGGAGGUGGUGAUGCUACCGGUGGAGGUGGCGAUGCUUUCGGUGGUGGGGGAGAUGCUACCGGUGGAGGUGGCGAUGCUUUCGGUGGUGGGGGAGAUGCUGCCGGUGGAGGUGGCGAUGCUACCGGUGGAGGUGGCGAGGCUAACGGUGGAGGUGGUGAUGCUACCGGUGGAGGUGGUGAUGCUACCGGUGGAGGUGGCGAUGCUUUCGGUGGUGGGGGAGAUGCUACCGGUGGAGGUGGCGAUGCUUUCGGUGGCGGGGGAUAUGCUACCGGUGGAGGUGGCGAUGCUUUCGGUGGCGGGGGAGAUGCUGCCGGUGGAGGUGGCGAUGCUUUCGGUGGCGGGGGAGAUGCUGCCGGUGGAGGUGGCGAUGCUACCGGUGGAGGUGGCGAGGCUAACGGUGGAGGUGGUGAUGCUACCGGUGGAGGUGGCGAUGCUUUCGGUGGUGGGGGAGAUGCUACCGGUGGAGGUGGCGAUGCUUUCGGUGGCGGGGGAGAUGCUGCCGGUGGAGGUGGCGAUGUUGCAGGUGGAGGUGGCGAUGAUGCCGGUGGAGGUGGUGAAGCUGCCGGUGGAGGUGGUGAUGCUACCGGUGGAGGUGGCGAUGCUUUCGGUGGCGGGGGAGAUGCUGCCGGUGGAGGUGGCGAUGCUGCAGGUGGAGGUGGCGAUGAUGCCGGUGGAGGUGGUGAAGCUGUCGGUGGCGGCGGAGAUGCUGCCGGUGGCGGCGGAGAUGCUGCCGGUGGAGGUGGCGAUGCUGCAGGUGGAGGUGGCGAUGCUGCCGGUGGCGGGGGAGAUGUUUUUGGUGGAGGUGGUGAUGCUACCGGUGGAGGUGGCGAUGCUUUCGGUGGUGGGGGAGAUGCUACCGGUGGAGGUGGCGAUGCUUUCGGUGGCGGGGGAGAUGCUGUCGGUGGAGGUGGCGAUGUUGCAGGUGGAGGUGGCGAUGAUGCCGGUGGAGGUGGUGAAGCUGCCGGUGGAGGUGGUGAUGCUACCGGUGGAGGUGGCGAGGCUAACGGUGGAGGUGGUGAUGCUUCCGGUGGAGGUGGCGAUGCUUUCGGUGGUGGAGGAGAUGCUACCGGUGGAGGUGGCGAUGCUUUCGGUGGCGGGGGAGAUGCUGCCGGUGGAGGUGGCGAUGCUACCGGUGGAGGUGGCGAGGCUAACGGUGGAGGUGGUGAUGCUACCGGUGGAGGUGGCGAUGCUUUCGGUGGUGGGGGAGAUGCUACCGGUGGAGGUGGCGAGGCUAACGGUGGAGGUGGUGAUGCUACCGGUGGAGGUGGCGAUGCUUUCGGUGGUGGAGGAAAUGCUACCGGUGGAGGUGGCGAUGCUUUCGGUGGUGGGGGAGAUGCUGCCGGUGGAGGUGGCGAUGCUACCGGUGGAGGUGGCGAGGCUAACGGUGGAGGUGGUGAUGCUACCGGUGGAGGUGGUGAUGCUACCGGUGGAAGUGGCGAUGCUUUCGGUGGUGGGGGAGAUGCUACCGGUGGAGGUGGCGAUGCUUUCGGUGGUGGGGGAGAUGCUGCCGGUGGAGGUGGCGAUGUUGCAGGUGGAGGUGGCGAUGAUGCCGGUGGAGGUGGUGAAGCUGCCGGUGGAGGUGGUGAUGCUACCGGUGGAGGUGGCGAUGCUUUCGGUGGCGGGGGAGAUGCUGCAGGUGGAGGUGGCGAUGCUGCAGGUGGAGGUGGCGAUGAUGCCGGUGGAGGUGGUGAAGCUGUCGGUGGCGGCGGAGAUGCUGCCGGUGGAGGUGGCGAUGUUGCAGGUGGAGGUGGCGAUGCUGCCGGUGGCGGGGGAGAUGUUUUUGGUGGAGGUGGUGAUGCUACCGGUGGAGGUGGCGAGGCUAACGGUGGAGGUGGUGAUGCUACCGAUGGAGGUGGCGAUGCUUUCGGUGGUGGGGGAGAUGCUACUGGUGGAGGUGGCGAUGCUUUCGGUGGCGGGGGAGAUGCUGCCGGUGGAGGUGGCGAUGUUGCAGGUGGAGGUGGCGAUGAUGCCGGUGGAGGUGGUGAAGCUGCCGGUGGCGGGGGCGAUGCGGGCGGUGGAGGUGGCGAGGCAGAUGGUGGUGGUGGCGAUGCUACCGGUGGCGGUGGAGAUGCUACCGGUGGAGGUGGCGAUGCUGAAAGUGGCGGGGGAGAUGCUACCGGUGGAGGUGGUGACCUUACAGGUGGAGGUGGCGAUGCUGCCGGAGGCGAUGCUUCCGGUGUCGGAGGCGAAGCUCCCGGUGUCGGAUGCGAAGCUCCUGGUGUUGGAGGCGAUGCUCCCGGUAUCGGAGGCGAUGCUCCCGGUAUCGGAGGCAAUGCUACCGGUGGCGAUGCUCCCGGUGUUGGAGGCGAUGCUACCUUUGUCGGGGGCGAUGCUAACGGAGGCGAUGCUCCCGGUGUCGGAGGCGAUGCUACCGGUAUCGGGGGCGAUCUUACCGGAGGCGAUGCUCCCAGUUUCGGAGGCGAUGCUACCGGAGGCGAUGCUCCCGGUGUUGGGGGCGAUGCUACAGGUAUCGGAGGCGAUGCUCCUGGUGUCGGAGGCGAUGCUACCUGUGUCGGUGGCGAUGCCCCCGGUGUCGGAGGCGAUGCUACCGGAGGUGAAGCUCCCGGUGUUGGGGGCGAUGCUACAGGAGGCGAUGCUCCCGGUGUCGGGGGUGAUGCUACCGGAGGCGAUGCUCCCGGUGUCGGAGGCGAUGCUCCCGGUGUCGGAGGCGAUGCUACCUGUGUCGGUGGCGAUGCUCCCGGUGUCGGAGGCGAUGCUACCGGAGGCGAUGCUCCCGGUGUCGGAGGCGAUGCUACCGGAGGUGAAGCUCCCGGUGUUGGGGGCGAUGCUACAGGAGGCGAUGCUCCCGGUGUCGGAGGCGAUGCUACCGGAGGUGAAGCUCCCGGUGUUGGGGGCGAUGCUACAGGAGGCGAUGCUCCCGGUGUCGGAGGUGAAGCUCCUGGUGUCGGAGGCGAUGCUCCCGGUGUCGGAGGUGAAGCUCCUGGUGUCGGAGGCGAUGCUCCCGGUGUUGGGGGAGAUGCUACAGGAGGCGAUGCUCCCGGUGUCGGGGAUGAUGCUACCGGAGGCGAUGCUCCCGGUGUCGGAGGCGAUGCUCCUGGUGCCGGGGGCGAUGCUACAGGAGGUGAUGCUACCUGUGUCGGUGGUGAUGCUCCCGGUGUCGGAGACGAUGCUACCGGAGGUGAAGCUCCCGGUGUUGGGGGCGAUGCUACAGGAGGCGAUGCUCCCGGUGUCGGAGGUGAAGCUCCUGGUGUCGGAGGCGAUGCUCCCGGUGUUGGGGGCGAUGCUACAGGAGGCGAUGCUCCUGGUGUCGGAGGUGAAGCUCCUGGUGUCGGAGGCGAUGCUACCGGAGGUGAAGCUCCCGGUGUUGGGGGCGAUGCUACAGGAGGCGAUGCUCCCGGUGUCGGAGGUGAAGCUCCUGGUGUCGGAGGCGAUGCUCCCGGUGUUGGGGGCGAUGCUACCGGAGGCGAUGCUCCUGGUGUCGGAGGCGAUGCUACCUGUGUUGGGGGCGAUGCUCCAGGUGUCGGAGGCGAUGCUACCGGAGGUGAAGCUCCCGGUGAUGGGGGCGAUGCUACAGGAGGCGAUGCUCCCGGUGUCGGAGGUGAAGCUCCUGGUGUCGGAGGCGAUGCUACCGGAGGUGAAGCUCCCGGUGUUGGGGGUGAUGCUACCGGAGGCGAUGCUCCCGGUGUCGGUGGUGAAGCUCCUGGUGUCGGAGGCGAUGCUCCCAGUGUUGGGGGCGAUGCUACCGGAGGCGAUGCUCCCGGUGUCGGAGGCGAUGCUACCGGAGGUGAUGCUCCCAAUGUCGGAGGCGAUGCUCCCGGUGUCGGGGGUGAUGCUACCGGAGGCGAUGCUCCCGGUGUCGGAGGCGAUGCUACCUGUGUCGGUGGCGAUGCUCCCGGUGUCGGAGGCGAUGCUACCGGAGGUGAAGCUCCCGGUGUUGGGGGCGAUGCUACAGGAGGCGAUGCUCCCGGUGUCGGAGGUGAAGCUCCUGGUGUCGGAGGCGAUGCUCCCGGUGUUGGGGGCGAUGCUACCGGAGGCGAUGCUCCUGGUGUCGGAGGCGAUGCUACCUGUGUUGGGGGCGAUGCUCCAGGUGUCGGAGGCGAUGCUACCGGAGGUGAAGCUCCCGGUGAUGGGGGCGAUGCUACAGGAGGCGAUGCUCCCGGUGUCGGAGGUGAAGCUCCUGGUGUCGGAGGCGAUGCUCCCGGUGUUGGGGGAGAUGCUACAGGAGGCGAUGCUCCCGGUGUCGGGGAUGAUGCUACCGGAGGCGAUGCUCCCGGUGUCGGAGGCGAUGCUCCUGGUGUCGGAGGCGAUGCUCCCAGUGCCGGGGGCGAUGCUACAGGAGGUGAUGCUACCUGUGUCGGUGGUGAUGCUCCCGGUGUCGGAGACGAUGCUACCGGAGGUGAAGCUCCCGGUCUCCUAG